UCAGGUCUGUUUGCACGUGUAUUCGCGUAACGCGUACCUCGCGAAGUGUUCGACAAAAACCUGUGCAGUGAUAUGAUUUUGUGUUUGAUCUGGAUUCGUUAUUUGUGACAUUGACGACGGAGUGUGGAGGCAAAUUCCGUGCUGUGAUGCGCCGCGCGCGCCUCCAAUCGACUUAUGCAUGCCGCCCGCGCACCCGGUGUGGUUGUGAUGUCAUGGUGGUGGACAGUGGCGCUUAUCGCGGUGCUGCCGGUCCGCGCCGCGCCCAGAGCGGCAUCCGGUGAGCAAUUUUACAGUUAUCAAAUGACACGCAAGUCAUGCACAGCUGGCGGGGCGCGAGGUGCUUGCAUGUGGGUGCAAGAGUGCAAUCGAGUUGGGGGGAGACAUGCAGGUGUAUGUGUGGACGGAUUUAUGUUCGGGUCCUGCUGCAGGCUACCAGACAAACCUAUUAUUUUAGAAGAAACCCAAAACCCAGUAACAAUAACGGAGCGGCCGUAUACAGCACCACCUACGGAUACAACGCAGACAACGCCAAGACCCACAACACAAACACAGCGCCCUUCAUUCAUGACCAAACCUAUAGAUGGCGCGCCACACAGCUAUAGACCUCCAGACAUUAAUUUGCCAGUCGGCAACCUAGAAUCAAUUAGCGAACAAAAUAGUGAUAUAGUUAAUAAAAUAACAUAUAACAGUGUAAAUAAGUACCAAAAUGUAAAUAGGCCGAACAAUGAUGUGGAAGCUAGUCCCCACAAUAAAAUAUCUUCUAGUCUUAGUUUAAUACCUGGAGCUCGACCGAUGGCAGUGUCUGAUCAAAAUCUAGACAACAGUAUUCCAGCAGUCCACAUGUCCAGACCGAACAACGUAAAUACAAUGCACUGGCAAGCGACCACAGAACCCGGCUUCAUAACGAAACCACGGCCUAACUGGGAGAAACCGGGAAAGCCGAAGCCGACCAAGAAAUUCACAACCACAACGAGUAAACCUCACAAGAAUUACCAGAAACCGAAAGAUCCGAUGCUGAAUAUGAUCAACAAAACUGAAGAUACUACCGCACCAUCUAUACAGACUACUGCUGCUACUACAAGUGUUGAAUGCGGCGUAACAUCGAUGUGGCCUCGUCCAGACUCUCGUAUAAUGGGUGGAAAAGACUCCACCUUUGGGCGCUGGCCGUGGCAAGUCUCAGUUAGACGGAACUCAUUUUUCGGCUUUUCUUCAACCCAUCGGUGUGGUGGCGCCAUCAUUAACGAAGGAUGGAUAGCAACGGCCGGACACUGCGUGGAUGACCUCCUCACAUCAGCUAUUCGAAUCCGCGUGGGAGAGUUCGACUUUUCGUCGGUUUCCGAACAAUAUCCUUACGUAGAAAGGGGUGUGGCACGUAAAGCAGUUCACCCCAAAUACAAUUUCUUCACUUAUGAGUAUGACCUGGCUCUGGUGAAGCUGGAUGCACCUGUUCAGUUCGCACCUCACAUUUCGCCCAUUUGCUUGCCGGCGUCUGAUGAUUUGCUGGUGGGAGAAACUGCUACUGUCACCGGGUGGGGGAGAUUAUCAGAAGGCGGGGUGCUACCAUCUAUAUUACAAGAGGUUCAAGUACCAAUAGUAUCGAACGAGCGUUGCAAGUCAAUGUUCCUGCGCGCGGGCAGGCAUGAGUUCAUUCCUGAUAUAUUCCUCUGUGCCGGCCAUGAGACAGGGGGACAUGACUCAUGCCAGGGGGAUUCUGGAGGACCCCUUCAGGUGAAAGGGAAGGACAAUAGAUACUUCUUAGCUGGUAUCAUCAGUUGGGGAAUUGGAUGUGGCGAAGCGAAUCUACCUGGCGUUUGCACAAGGAUAUCCAAAUUCGUACCGUGGAUUCUGCAAACGGUCAACUCCUAAGACACUUUUUGGGAAUUAUAAAACAUUGAAGCUAUUCUAGCAGAAUUAUUUGUGAUAAAUUUAUUUAUUGACUUUUUUGUUAAUUGACGUAUCCAUAUCUCGCUGACUAGUACUGAAGAGCAUUCAACACCACAAGUUAAUUUCUUACUCAUUUAUUUAAAAUUAGUUUUGCCUUUUCAUUUUGUGAGGUGUUCUAAUGACGGUCGUAUUAAUAACAUUAAGUAGGUUCUUAUAAUGCCACGAACAGUAAAUAUUGUAUCUAGGAAUUUCGUUCGUGCAUAGAAAAAUCCGACUUAACUAACAUGUGUUCAUGUGUAACAGAAUUUGAUUGAACUAGUACAGUAUUCCAGCUAUAACGCGCUUUCGUAUAACGCGAUUUCCGCCCCAUAAAACGCGGUAUGGUAUAACGUGGAAAUUUGUCACGUGAAAUUUAUAAUGUUUUGUCAAGUCCAAAAUUAGUUUUGUGUACCUUUCUAUUGUGUAGUAAUAAAUUUUUCGAUCUAAUUAUUUUAAUUCUCUAUAGCGCGUCCGCAUUAUAGGGGUAGAUUACUGUAUUACUACUAGUAUACUUAAAAUAUAGUAUUUAGACUGCUUCAUACGAAAACAUCUAAAGAGAAGAACAAUUAUCAAACUGAAAAGACCCCAUUCACAAAUCAAUUAUAAAUGUGUUAUACAAGAUGACGUAAAAUAUUAUUAUAUAUUUCAUGAGAAAUUGAAUUUUCGCUUGGGGUGUUAAUCUAAUUACCGGGACUGAAAACAGAGGGCUAUGAUAAAUCUUCAAAAUGUGUACGCCGUAGAAAGUGGCGACUUAGCAGUUUCUACAAAACGUUCGAAUUACAAAUAUAUAUUUUUAAAUUAUUUAUAUCCAGCCAGUUUGAACAUUAACAUUUGAAAGUAUUUAUAUGUUGAGCUCUAUAGGAGUACUCGGAACUGGGAAUCAAAUUCUUUUACCCCGUUGAUAAAGUUUUGAUGCAUUGAACAUAUACAUUGACAUAGACGCAGAAGACCAUUAGUGUGAUUAAAAUCAAAAA